AUGGCGGAAAACCUGAGGAGACUGGUCUCGAAUGAAUCUUUACUAUCGUUGCAGGAAAAUCUAGACUCCUGGCUGAAGGAGUACAACUCAAACACAUGUGAUCAAAAUCUAAAUAAUUGCCUGGAACUCAUUGAACAAGUUGCCAAAGUGCAGGCACAACUCUUUGGGAUCCUCACUACAGCAGCCCAAGAAGGAGGACACAAUGAUGGUGUGGAAACAAUCAAAUCACGCCUUUUGCCAUGGCUGGAGGCUUCCUUUACUGCUGCUUCCCUGGGAAAACCUGUUGACAGCAAGGUCCCCUCUCUACAGGACACAUUUGAUAGGGAGAGACAUAAAGAUUCAGGUCCUCGGGAUCGGGAUGUACAACAAUUAGACUCUGAUUUGGACUCAACCCGUAAUCAACGCAACCAGGUUCAAGACGAUCUUGCUGAAACUGAAAAGACUCUUGAAGAAACCAAGAACAGAUCGGCCAUAUCCCUUUUGGCUGCAGAGGAGGAAAUAAAUCAGCUAAAAAAGCAGCUUAAAUCUCUUCAAGCCCAGGAGGAUGCCCGCCACAGAAACUCAGGCCCCAGGAGCUCAGACCCUAGGCGCUCAGAGCAUCGGAGCUCGGAGCAUCGGAGCUCGGAGUCGCGGAGCUUCCAGCCUCGGAGCUCGCUCAAGAAGAGCAUUGACCCGCGGAAAUCCGAAGUGACAUCCGACUAUGAGAAACAGCUCCAAAAUCUGAAGGACGAGAUAGCUUUGAACAGCAGAGAGAGGUGAAUCGAAGUAUUUCCCGGCUGCUUCUCGCUCACCAGCAGGUCCUCCAAAAGCCGAUCUCCUAGUCCCACCCGUCGCAGCCGCAGCCGGAGCCGCAGCCGCAGCCGCAGCCGCAGCCGCAGCCGGCCCUCCAGCCCCUCCACCACAGUCGCGAAGGUCAGGAGCCCGUCCCCGCACCGCGCCAAGCUGUCCAACGCGGCGCGCAAGGCUGCCCUCCUGUCCCGGUUCAGCGACGCCUAUUCCCGGGCCCGGCCGGAGGCGCAGUGCCUGCUGCGGCGCUGCAUGGACAAAGCCGAGACCGUGCAGAAGAUCAUCUACAUCGCCACCGUGGAGGCAUUCCAUGUAGCUAAAAUGGCAUUCAGACAUUUCAAGAUCCGUGUGAGGAAAUCGUUGACACCAUCUCAUGUGGGGUCAAGUGACUUUGACAACGCCGUCUCGGAUUAUAUCAUUUGUCAUCUUGAUCUAUAUGAUUCCCAAAGCAGUGUUAAUGAUGUGAUCCGAGCCAUGAAUGUCAACCCCAAGAUUUCGUUCCCUCCUGAAGUUGACUUUGGCCUUCUCAGUGACUUCAUCCAGGAAAUAUGCUGCAUUGCCUUUGCAAUGCAGGCUUUAGAACCACCCCUAGAUAUUGCAUUUGGGGCAGAUGGAGAAGUUUUUAAUGAUUGCAAGUACCGCCGUAGCUACGACUCGGAUUUCACUGCUCCCUUGGUCUUCUAUCACGUGUGGCCUGCUCUCAUGGAGAAUGACUGUGUCAUUAUGAAGGGAGAAGCUGUCACCAGGAGAGGGGCUUUUUGGAAUUCUGUGCGUUCUGUAAGUCGAUGUCGAAGCAGGAGUUUAAGUCCCAUUUGCCCCCGUAGCCAUAUUGGUUUAAGCACGAUAUCUCGAAGUCGGAGCCCUUCUCCAAUAAGAUGUGGAUUGCCAAUUGUUCUAACGAGAUUUGAAAACUUGUUGCAGGGGCUGGACACAAAGAUCUGGGAUGCUUCUGGAGGUUUUAGCAGCACCUGCCCUGGCCUGUCCCAUAGUGGGUGGACUGGGCAUGGCCAGGGCGGUUUCCAGGCCCAGGCCACUGGGGGCCACCAGUGCAGCCGGCUGGUGGUGCCCACGCCAUGGCACCUGAGGAAACUCUUUUCCUACCUUAAGUGGCUUCCACACCCGUAUGUGUUGAUCAGUACUCACCCGGAGACGCCUGUAGGACCCUCUUCAGACCUACAGCUAUCUAUCUCGCUCUGUGCAGCUCUAGCCUUGCUAGUACUUUGCCCUGAAACUCUAAUCUCCUUGGCCUCCUAG